AUGCUCUGCCAUUUAAACCUGGGUGACAAACGAGGAGAAGCAAGCAAAAGGGAAGUUCGAGCAGGCGGGGCCCAAAUCAGCCAUACUAUUCUUUGGUACUGUUAUUCAGCGGCGCUUCUUGGACUUGCUCUUGUUCGACCGGGUGGCCGCGACCAGGGCGCCGGUAGCCUUCUUCUUCUUGCUGGACGCCUGCACGCCCUUUGUUGCAGCCAGCCGCUGGGCCCGCAGCUUCUUCAGGAUCUUGGCACUAUUCUGCGGGGUCACCCUGCGAAGGAUAUCGGGGGGUGA